GUUGGACUGGAUGAUUCGAAUGAUGCUGCUUGGAAACCACCGACAGGUUGGGACAUUGGAUUAUCAGCUGUAAAACAGCAGUUGCAAGAGCAAGAGAACCAGGUUCCGCCAACGCGAGUAUUAGACGGCAUAGCGAUCGCCCAAAACACUCUGCUGGAGCUCACUCGUUUCCAGCGCUUUAUCCGAAGGAUGGAAUCAGCUGGCCCAAAAGUUAUUUUAGAUCGCCUCAAGGAGGAAUGGCACGACGAUCCGGUGGAUGCUGAAGCCGACGAAGAGCUCAAGCUUGAAAAACAACUCUGGGUGCUAACGGCUUUUCAACUACAAAAUCUUGCACGAUUCAGUACGUCCCCGAAACCGGCAUGCAAUACUGGCAAAAUUCUUGAGCUCUACGGUGAUCUUGCUGAGGCUUAUCAGCUCUCUGCAAUGAAUCCUAGACAAAAAGUCCAGUAUCUUACCACAGAACCUCGUCGGCCGAUGCCACUCCCCGGGAAUGUCUCAUAUGUCACAGUCCCGCAACCUCGCGUGGUCCCACUUCCUUGGCCUGACACGACCUUUUCACACAUACGGGCAUCAAUUCUUCCCUCACUGGUUCCAUCAUCAGAUUUGCCAAAAAUUCUCGGAGAGUGCCAUCGCCUGCUUGCGCCUGGUGGUCUUUUGGAACUUCGAAUCAUGGACGCUGCCCCAGUACGUAAGACAGCAGGACCGAAGAUGCGAUCUUGGAUCGAGGACAGACUGUCAUUGAAUCUCGAACGCCAAUUUCGAUGCUCGAAGCCGUGUAUGCUGGUACCUGGUUGGGUAAACGAUGCUGGCUUUGAGCUGGCGCAUUCGGCCGAUGUGCCCAUCAUGAGGCUGCCGUGCGCGACUUUGCAGCAAUCGACGGAUGUUGAUGAAGAGCUUAGAGCACGGAUAUGCCAGUCAAUGUGGAAGAAUAUAUGGGGAGAUUUCGUCGAUGAUGAUCCAGACGAAGCAAGAUGGUGGUGGGAGGACGACGAGGUAAUGCAAGAGUGUUUAGAGCGCGAAACAAUGUUCGAGUGCGGAGCCAUCUUUGCCUACAAGAAGUAA